AUUCUUCUUUAUACUAGUAUUCUCUUGCGGCCCCUUAUGUCAUGGAGCCUUCAGAUAUUUCAUACGAUUCUGAUCUUGUUUCUAGUACAAAUAACCAUACUGAUGUUGAGCCUCUUGAUCUCUUUCCAGGCGCAAUGCAAAAUUCACUUGAGCCUAUGCCAUUGCUGAGCUGCUUUCUUGGCUCUAGCGACACAACAUUGGAUGGUAACCCUAAAGCAGAAUGCAGUGAAGAUAAAGAGGAUGUCACCGUAGCCUUGCACAUUGGCCUUCCUGAUCCUUCCAAUACCCCAUUCAGUCCAAAUGGCAAGGACACCGCAAAUGGAGCUGCUAAACAGUAUUGGAUCCCAACUCCUGAACAAAUCCUCAUUGGCUUCACAAAUUUUUCUUGCCAUGUCUGCUUUAAGACCUUCAACCGUUACAAUAACCUUCAGAUGCACAUGUGGGGUCAUGGUUCACAGUAUCGUAAAGGGCCUGAGUCCCUCAAAGGAACCCAACCGCGAGCCAUGCUGGGCAUUCCAUGCUACUGCUGUGCGGAAGGAUGCAAAAACAACAUCGAACACGCGAGAGCAAAGCCGCUAAAAGAUUUUAGGACAUUGCAAACACAUUAUAAGAGGAAACACGGGCUAAAACCCUUUAUGUGCCGCAAGUGCGGGAAGUUCUUGGCAGUGAAAGGUGACUGGAGAACCCAUGAGAAAAAUUGUGGCAAGCGUUGGCUUUGCGUCUGCGGUUCUGAUUUCAAGCAUAAGAGAUCACUCAAAGACCACAUCAAAGCAUUUGGUUCUGGCCACGGCCCUUUUCCUCCAUCAUUUGAUGGGGUUGAGGUACUUGAGGAUACUGCAUCUUCCCUACAUGUCUGAAAUUUUCCUCAACCUUCUAAAAUAAAUACUACCACUACUAGUUUUUUUUUUCACUAAAUUUAGACGGGUUCUUUUAGAAUUAAUUAAGGAAUAUGAUAGUUUUCGAGUAAUUUUCAUACCAUUCAAGAGUAAAACAGUGUCUUUGAAAA